GACGGUGGCCGGAGGAGGACAAUGGUUUCCAUGUUAGCGACACACGCACUCCGGGUGGCUCUGGAACCUGGUAGUUUGUUAAGAGAGUGCCGAGGAGCGAGGAAGCAGCCGAGGGAGCCGGUGCGCCUUCGAGAACGGGGGCCAUGCCGCGCCGGGGCCUCGUGGCGGGGCCGGACUUUGAGUAUUUUCACCGUCGGUAUUUCACGCCGUCCGAAGUAGCGGAACACAACCAGCCCGAAGACCUUUGGGUGUCUUACCUGGGCUAUGUGUACAAUCUGACGCCCCUGGCGCAGGCGUUUAAAGGGGACCUGCUGCUGAAGCCCAUCCUAGAAGUUGCAGGCCAGGACAUUAGCCACUGGUUUGAUCCAAAGACGAGAGAUAUUCGCAAGCACAUAGAUCCGAUGACUGGUUGCUUGAGAUACCGCACCCCGCGGGGCCGCUUCGUGCACGUCCCACCUCCUCUGCCUCGCUCAGACUGGGCCAAUGAUUUCGGGAAGCCCUGGUGGAAGGGGUCGACUUACCAGGUGGGGCGGCUGUCUGCCAAGACCCGGAAUAUCCGUAUUAUUAACACUCUUACGUCGCAGGAGCACACACUGCAGGUGGGGGCUCUGGAAUCAAUGUGGGAAAUCCUACACCGCUAUCUCCCGUAUAAUGCACAUGCUGCCAGCUACACAUGGAAAUAUGAUGGGAAGAAUCUGAACAUGGAUCAUACCCUGGAAGAAAACGGGAUCCGGGAUGAAGAAGAAGAGUUUGAUGCUCUUAAUAUGGAUGCUACACUUCACACCCCUGCAGUACUGCUCUACUUCAAUGAUGACCUCACAGAGUUGUAGGAAAGGAGAUGUAUGUGCAUGUGGACUCAA